AUGGCGUCGGGGUCCGGCGCGCGCCUCCUCCUGGCGGGAAUGUCGGGACGGGCUGGGAGUCAUCCCGGCCUGAGGCGAUCUCUGUGCGCGGCCGCCCUCGACGACGCCGCCGCCCCGCCGUUGGAGCCGCUGCUGUCCGUGUGCGUCCGGCGGCACUUCGUGCUGGGGCCCCGGGAGCGCGUGAGGGAAGGCAGCCGCGUGCUGCGGGCGGGCCCGGGGCCCCGGCUGGGCCCCGCCGGCGCGGCGCUGAAGCAGAACCUGUCGUCGGAGUGGUGGGCCGGCCUGGGCCCGCUCCGACAGCGGGUGUUCCCCGUGGAGGCGGCGCUGCAGGCCCACCCGACCCGACCCCCGACAACGCCCGCCCUCAGGGUCGUCCCCGACGCCCCGGACGCCCGCCUCCACAACGCGCCCGCCCUCAGGGCGGACCUCCUACACGGUGCUUUGGAGCAAUAUGUGAACUGCCUGGAUUUGGUCAAUAGGAAGUUGCCUUAUGGUCUAGCCCAAGUCGGGGUGUGUUUUCACCCCAUUCCUGAUGCUGGGAAUGGAAAUCAUGGCAUCACAAGAGUAGGUGAAAGGACGGUUUCUUCCCUCGUGUGGUUUGCCCCUCCAAGAACUGCAGGACAGUGGCUUGAUUUCUGGUUGCGUCAUCGACUCCUGUGGUGGAGAAAGUUUGCUUUAACUCCAUCAAACUUCAGUAGCAGCGACUGUCAGGAUGAAGCGGGCCGAAAAGGAAUCAAAUUGUACUACAGUUUUCCAUGGGGAAAGGAGCCGAUAGAAGAUUUGUGGAAUCUAGGAGAUCAUGAACUUUUACAAAUGUAUCCUGGAAAUGAUUCCACGUUGCAUGGCCGAGAUGGAAGAAAAAGCGUUGUUCCUCACGUUCUCUCUUUGAGUGGAGAUCUAGACCGAGGAGUCCUAGCUUUCCUCUAUGAUUCAUUUCAGCAGUCAGAGAGCUCCCUUACAAGAAAAAUAACUCUGCAGAGAAAGGUACUUAAACUUCACCCUUGUUUAGCCCCUGUUAAGGUGGCAUUGAAUAUAGGAAAAGGCCCAGUUACGGAGUUGAGACAGGUUUGUCAGGGAUUAUUUAAUGAAUUAUCAGAAAAUGGAAUAUCCGUUUGGCCAGGUUAUUUGGAAGCCAUGCACUCUUCCCUGGAGCAACUUUAUUCAAAGUAUGAUGAAAUGAGUAUCCUCUUCACAGUUCUCAUUACUGAUGUUACUCUGGAAAAUGGAGUAAUACAACUGAGAAGCAGAGACACUACGAUAAAGGAAAUGAUGCAUAUUUCUAAAGUUACAGAUUUUUUAACCAAGUAUAUUUCAGCAGCCAAAAAUGUAUAGGUUAAAGUUUCUUAAUAGUUUGUUUCAAGCUGAUCGUAUUUCCUGUAUCAUCUCCUCUGUCGAGGCUGCUGCAUUGACAAAGAUGUAUUCAGUCAUUUUUUGAUGCUUCAUCAUCACUCCUUCCAUCCCAAGUCCUUCAGUAUCAUGAGAUGGUGAUUUGAAGAUGGCAAGAAUGAAAAUGGGAAUAUUGGGACACUGAAUGAUUUGAACAAGCCCCAUUGGCAAGUCCUCAUCAGUCUGUGAAGGCAGCUGAAUUGUCUGUUCCAGGACAAUAUAUUCCAAGCUGGGCUAAAAAUCAUUUUUGGAAAGGUAUCUAAAUAGAUGUAAGCCAGCCAUAUGAGUAAAUAUAUGUGCGUGCUCUAAAUAUCUUCUGGUAUGUUUCCUGAAGAUUUGAAAUGUCAAUCCUUAUGCUAAAUUAACUGGAAAUGCUUUUGGACUCUUGGUGAAGAUUACUCCUAACAAAGCUAGCAGCAUCCUUCAUUUUAGCCCCUUCAGAGAAACUUUUGCACAAGGAGACGAGGCCAUGGUUACGACGCAGAAAUUUCCAGUAGAUUUUUGUCUUUACUACUGAUCUGCAAUAGAGAUAGAUUCUAAAAUGGUUCCAGGAAGUGCAAGGGGCGUCAACAUGACAAAGGAAAAUCCCAACAGCUUCUCCAAAGUGGAGCAAGCUCUGGAGUGGAGCCUGACAGUGUGAAACAUGCUGUAUGUGAUCUCUGCGUAUCAAAUGAUGAUAUGUUCUUAGCAGAAAAAGGAUAAUGGGCUCUUUAAUGUAUACAUGGGGCAGUCCCGAACCCUAGGCUCUGUGACUCUGCUCCAAGACAAGGAACUCCAGGCCUGAGAGAUUACAUUUGUGGGACCCCGUCAGAGAUUUAGGGCCAGAUGCAGAGAGAAGUUGACCCAAGAGGGACAGUCAACACAAGGUAGUGGUUUCCCUUUCAGAUUAGAAACAAUAUAAACUCUGGCGACAAUAGCUUUGCUUUUAUCUGACUAGAUUUGCAGCUCUAGGGAUAAGAGAAUCCCAAAGGAAAUCUGCUGAAUCCUUCCAACUCCUUUGAUCAGAGUUUGCACCACUGAGCUCUGGUAGCACCUGUUCUGCUUGGAGGGAAGUUUUGAGUGCAGGGGAAGAUUAAUACCAAAAGUCUGCCAAAAUUUAGGAAACGGGGGAAGAGGCCCAAAGCACAUCUGAAAGUCUUUUGUUCUUCUACAGUUUGGGCAACACUUUUUCCGUGCAUUUUCCAGGUACCUUGUAUUUCAAAGUUUUGAGCCAUCCAUUUUUAAGCUUUAUUCUGUGUUUUCAUUUGUGGUUUGUCUUUUAGAAAUGGGAGGAGAGAAACGUAAAACCUAAUUAAGGGAAUUCCUUGAGGGCAGGGACCACAUCGUAUUCUUUUGUUGUGCUCUCCCAAGAACUCUGCUCUGCAUGCAGUAGGUUUUCAUUACAAAAUAAUUGAUUUCCUGUAAAGAUUUCUCCAUGUUGAAACAGCAUCUAAAAUUCGUCUGUGGGAAAAAAAAUGGAGAUAAAUAGUAGAAUUUAUCAACAAAGUGGAUGGGUUGUUUUUAUAAAAGAAAAGACUUUUACAGAUGGAGUUAGCAGCGUUCUUUGGGGAUGGGCUUGAGAAUUGGUCUAAGCCGAUUGGAACAAAAGAUCAAUGUUCAAAUAUGCAAAAUGAGGAUCGUUUGGUUUGUUGUCAAACUGCCAGGUUAGUGAUAUUUUCAAAUGUUUCAUUUCAUUUUUUUACAUAUAAUUGUUAUAUAAAAGAAACUUACCUUGAGAAGUUGUUUUAUUCUUUCAGAUUUCAUCUGAGGAUCUCAGUAUAUAUCACUCUUGUGUCAUUUUCACUUCUGGCACUUUUUCUGAAAAAGUCAGUCAGAAAAUUCGUCAGGUGUAAAUAGCCCAUUUAGACUUGCACAAAGUCAAGUUCAGCUUUGUCCUUGAUUUCAGGGGCAUGAGCUUUCUCCUCUAGGCCAUUCUCUGUGAUAAUCCGUAUAUCAUAUCAGUCUAUAUGUGUGAAAACUCUAGUGUGGACUUUAUGACACCACUUCCUCCAAGAUAGUUAUUUUGGUUUUGGGGGGCUUUUUUUUUUUAAUGUGUGUGGGAUGGCUGUCCUCUGCCCACAGUUUCAUAGUGGUGUUUGCUGAGGUUUGAGAAAGUAGUCACCUCACCAGAUGUAAUAUUUACUUACAACAGGCUAUUGCUGUUUUCACAAGGCCAGGCUCUCUCCUCCACUCAAAUCUAAUCUUUUACUUCCAGAGCAUGGCUCUCCUACCUUUCCCUGAAAGUAAGCUGCGCCACAAAAAACCUCUCCUACCCCAGCUCUCUAAUAUGGUCUUAAAGGCCCCCCAAAUUUGCCUCUUUUGGGCUUCCGUUAUCUUGACCAAGCCUGGCCAGGAGGGAAUUUUAUAUUGAGAAAGAAGAGUCUUAAACUUAGGGGGGAAAAAACCUGGAGAGCUACAGUUCACUCUCCCCUCCUACUUCUCCUCGUGUUCCGUACCGUCUAGGAAUGGCAGAACUCAGGAUGCCGCCUCUUUGAUUCUCAUUCAACCCAUUUGGACCUCUUAGCUGGCUUCCCUUGAAUAUCCCACUUUACAAAGUUCUAGGCCUUUGACUAACAUAGCGUGUUAUUCUGUAACAUCUUGGGGCAACAUCCCUACCAUACUCCUUAGCCAGCUGGUUAACGUCUUCAUUGCUUUAAAAAUAACUGUAUGAGGACUUCUUCCUUCACUAAUGUUUUUACUUAUUACAGAAUAAAAGAGAAUUUUGAGUGUG